AUGACAACGAAAGUCAUGGACCGUUGGUCAGAUGUCCGAGGAGAUGUUUGUCAUUCAACUCAUGCGGACAGCCAAGAAAGAUGCCCAAAGACGUUUAACUUGAAAAAUGGUGCUGUAAGAUUCCAGUCCAGAGGAGGAACUACAGCAAUUUUCACGUGCGAUGGUGGUUUUGUACUACGAGGAACCAACGUAUCUCAUUGCCAAACAGAUGGACAUUGGUCAGCUCUUGCUCCAACUUGCAUUCCAAUCGGACAAAAAUGCUCUACCGUAGCUGUGGAAAACAUAAUACUUGCACCCGGAGAAACGAAGAAUGUUUCUUGCUAUGCAGAUGUUGUUUCAGAAGAAAAACAGAAAUUUUGGUCAUCAAGUGAUGGAUCAGUUGAAACAGUACAUAAUACGGAUGGAACUUUGACCCUAACGAUACAAAAGCAAGGUGUAUACACUUGUUUGUCACAUGAAAAUGGUUACUUGAAUAUUUUGAGGGCGGUGAAUGUAUCUGUCGUUGAAAAAUCUCGAAAGAAAUCAGAAUUUAGAAACUGUAGUAUUUCCUUCAAAGACAGUAGUUCAAUCUUAUAUCCAACGUUAGGCUCACACGUUUCAAUAUCUUGCGAAGCUAAUGUUUCGACAGUUUAUGUAUAUUGGUUUAAAAAUGGUACGCCAAUAAAGGACGGAAAUAGCUUAUACUCAUCAACAGCUUUCAACAUAUCUAGCUUUAAUUACAGUGAUCAGGCAAAUUAUUCGUGCAUUGUUCAUCAUCGAAAUCUUGAUCAUUGCAAAAUAUCCAAAUUUAUCAAAGUUAUAGCACAGAAUUUGACUUCGUCGUCUUUCAAAAAUUCUUGCGGAAAGCCUGUAAUAGCUGCAACCCGAAGAUCUCGAAGAGUAAUAGACGGUAGCAGAGCUACUCCUCUAUCUGCUCCUUGGAUGUGUAUGCUGUCACUAGACCGUGAACCUCCAUUUUGUGGAUGUAGUCUCAUAUCCGAUAAAUGGGUAGUCACAGCAGCACAUUGUUUUAAAUCAGCCAAUAAAGAGUCUUUCGAUUUUAUGACGCAGGAAGAAAUUCAAAAAAAAGUUCGGGUAAAGUUUGGAAAGCAGCAAAGACGACAAGAGAAAGGUGAAGUCAUCCGAGGCGUGCAAAGUUUUAUACCUCAUCCACAUUUCAAGCCAAUAUCUAGUCAAAGAAAUACAGCUAGCGAACAUGAUAUUGCUGUUUUAAUGCUAAAUGAACCUAUAACUUUUCAACCUAACAUACUUCCGAUCUGUUUACCUCCUCCAAGUUUUAUUGAAACAAUUCCUUCUGGCAUGCUUGGCGUAGUUACUGGAUGGGGAAGAGUCAGCGUGCGAGAUUCUGUAAUGGCAUUAACUCUUCAGGAAGCAUAUUUGCCAUUAGUACAUAAUAGCUUGUGCCAAGAAAGUACAAAUUAUCUAAUUACAGAUAAUAUGCUAUGUGCCGGUUAUGCGGAAAGUUACAGACCAGACACAUGCUUUGGGGAUAGUGGUGGACCUUUUGUGUUGCAAAAAGACAGUAGGUGGUUUCUAGCAGGUGUAGUGAGUUGGGGAGAAGGAUGUUCUAGUCCAAGAAAGUUUGGAAUUUAUACUAAGGUUGAAAAAUAUGUGUCUUGGAUUAAAUCACUGUUAGUUGAUUAGGAGGAAAAAACUAAAAGUGUGUAUUAGAAAACAGAACAUAAUGAUAUUUCAAAAUUGUA